AUGAGAAAUAAUAAUGAAUUAGCUGAUUAAUACAAUGAAUGUGGACCAUAUUGUGGCAUUGAGAAUGUAGCAAAGCUUUUCUUUGAAGAAUUAUUGAACGAACUCCUAAGUUACAAGAAUUAGAUUAAGAGAUUGCAUUACUUUUUGAAGCUGUUCUUGAAUGAAGAACCAGCCUUCUUAGAAGAGCUCGGAGCAGGUACUUAUGGAAAGGUAGCACUGUAUCGUAAUGGGACAGAAUCAAGAGCAAUUAAAUUCUUUAAUGAUAAGAAUGGUCAGUGUCAUUUAUAAGAAUCUGUAAAUUUGAGAUAAUUAUAUGAGACUUUACAAUAUAGAGAUUAUUCAUAAUCAAAUAUGAUACCUAUUCCUAAAUAUUACAAGCAUGGUAUAAUGAAAGAAGAUGAUUUGAGUUUCUUAUAUAUCGAAAUGGAGUUUAUCUAAAAUUCUAUUUUGGAGCAUUUCGAAUAACUUAAAGAAAUGAAAGAUAAUAAAUACUAAAAUGGUUAGGUUUACCUUAUUGAUUUCGGGUCAAGUUAAAAAUAUAUUAAGAAUGGUGAAUUAUUAUUGCCUUAAGCUAAAUAAGUAUCAUUCAAGGGUACUCCUGGUUUUGGGUCUAUAUUUGCAACUUAAGGUGAAGAACCAUGCCGUAGAGAUGAUUUAAUAUCUACUGCUUAUAGUGUUCUAUGGCUAAUAAACAAUGGUCUGCCUUGGAUUGACAACGAGACUAGUAUUAUAAGCAAAGAUCAAGCAGUUCUCAUUCAAAAUUCUAAGACAAAUUUAUCAAAAGAAUAAUUCUUCAGAAAGGAUGAGUAAAUCAUAGUAGAACUUAUCAAGUGGUUAGAAAAAAUGAAUUUUACAGAUAAUUGUGACGGACUUGAAAAUUUUUUGCAAUAGAUAGAUGAUCAAGAUUAGUUUAAUAUCGACAAUCCAUUUUCACUUCAAAUAUCUUAGCAGAAAAAUUUGGUUGAUUAAGGAAUACAAUGCUAGUAAAUUUCUUUAGUUUCCCUUGAAAGCAAUGUCUUUGAGAUCUAAGUAAAACCCUGUACCCAAGAAAAGAAGUAGUUAAUCUCAAACUCUCUAAACCAAUAAAAUUAUAAAAAAUCUUAGGUUCAUCCUAAUGAUAAUUCUAAAUAUGAAAUUUAGGACUUUUCUGUAAAACCAACAUCAAACAGUAAUUAUUAGUCAUCAUCAGAUUAGGCUUAAUUAUACAAAGAAUUGAGAGAGAUAAAAAGUGCUUUGCUAAAAAUACCAAAUGAAAGAUCAGAAUAUUGGUAACUAACUAAUGUGUGGACAAAUGAAACAUUUCAAUAAAAGGAUUUCAAAGUAAACGUGAGAAUAAGAGAAACUGGAUUAUUAUUAGGACUUGAAUCAGUUUCCUAAAUGUUUUAAAAUGGAUGCUUUUAUUAAACCUUCUAAUUUGUAAGUAGAGAUAGUCCACAGUAUGCUUAAUUCUUAUUCUAAUACUAUUUCGAGAUAAAUUACAAAGAUCAUGAAAUCAUUUAUGUCGGAAGUGACAAUGUAGUCAGAAAGAUGAUUGAUUAUUAGACGAAAUAUUGCUACGCUUCAUUUGAUGCAUCGUUAAAAUUUAAAACUCCUGUAAUGCUUUUCAAUUGA